GUGAUCAACAUGGCUGCUCCCACGAAUGCCGAUGUUAUGUUUGAAAUUAAAAAUUCUUUUUACAUUGGAAAUUACCAAUACUGCAUAAAUGAGGCGCAAAAGACCAAAUUCGCUACUCCUGCUCAACAACUGGAAAAGGAUAUUUUUAUGUAUCGUGCAUACAUUGCUCAACGUAAAUAUGGUGUUGUUGUAAAUGACAUAACACCUUCAAGUUCCUCAGAACUUCAAUAUCUUCGCAUGCUUGCUGUUUAUUGCAGUGGGGAUGCAGAUAAGAAGCAAGAGACUAUUGCAUCAUUGGAGAAAAAACUUCAAAAUCUUGACCCUGAUGAUAGAUUAUUGCAACUUAUCGCUGGACUGAUUUACUAUUUGGAAGAGAAUUAUGAUGCUGUCCUUAGGCUUCUGCACAAGAGUAAUCAUUUAGAAUGCUGUGCCUUAGCAAUUCAGACAUUUUUGAAAAUAAACAGAGUGGAUCUUGCCCUGAAGGAAUUAAAUUACAUGAAAGAAAUAGAUGAAGAUAGCACUCUCACCCAACUCAGUCAAGCAUGGGUAAUCUUAUGCAAGAAUGGUGAGAAAGUGCAAGAUGCAUAUUAUAUAUUUCAAGAACUUAGCGACAAAUACUCUUCGACUCCAAUGCUUUUGAAUGGCCAAGCUGCAGCACUCUUAGCUUUAGGAAAGUAUGAUGAAGCUGAACCUCUAUUGCAGGAAGCACUGGACAAGGAUCCGAAUUGCCCUGAAACUCUCAUAAAUAUGAUUGUAUUGUCCCAACAUUUAGGAAAAAACACUGAGGUGAGUGUGAGAUACCUGAAUCAGUUAAAAGAUUCCAACAUGGAUCAUCCUUUUAUAAAAGAUUACAAAACUAAGGAACAAGAAUUUGACAGAUUAGUAAAAAUAUAUUCACCAUCAUAGAUAUGUGUACAUUCCUCUACGUUGUGUGUCAUUUGGAAAUACUGCAUUUUUAUGGUUAUUUUGAGUCAAACUGCUUCCUCCACAAACUUUUGAAAAGUGAAUAAAAAUAAACUAUUCUAUUUCAUAGAAGUUGUAAAAAUGAAAAUUAUAACUCUGAACCUAUCAUAAAAAUGUAUAUAUGUUUCUUUAUUAUAAAUUUCUAUACUUUAACUGUUAAUAAAUGAUUUAAAUUUCAUACUCAUUGUGUAAAAGUUAUGAA